AUGGAGCCUUCAUACAGGAAGAAUUGUGUAGUUAUCGAUGACGACUUUCCUGGGUAUUCCGAGAAAUGUUUUAACUUGGCUAGCAAGUAUGAACAAUACAUAGAGAGCAUAAUAGUACCUAACGGUAUGAUCAAAGACAGGCUCGAAAGAAUGUCAAUCGAUAUUUUAGAAACUUUUGAGUUGCUUAAUGCAACUGCUAUAAAUCUCUUGUGCGUUCUUAAAGGCGGGUUCAAGUUUGCAUCCGAUCUAAGUGAAAAAAUACAUAACAGCGCAGUUACACGAAGUAAAAAUAUACCCAUCUUCAUGGACUUCAUCGUUUCCAACACAUACGAAAAUGAUGUCGUAGGUCACGAACCUCAAUUUCAUACUUACACUAACUUGACAUCAUUUAAAGACAAGUUGAAGAUUUGCUUGACUCAGGCACUACUCUCAGCAGUCUGGUUCCUUAUAUUAAAUCUUUUGAACCUCGUUCUGUUCUUGUUGCUUGAUUAA